GCCCGAGUCGUGAAGUGCAGCUCCUCGGAGGAGGCAGGAAGGGAGGGAGAGCAGGCAAACAUUACAGCAGAUCUUCCCCUCUGAGAGGCAUCCUUCAUCAGCAUCACCCCGACUGCACCUCUGCAUCCCUGUCCGACCGCUGGAGGAGGAAGACAAUGCAGAAGUCUGCCACAAUGAUGAAAGUCAGUGGGAUUCUGAUCAGUUUUUUAAUCUCUGCAGCUAUUCCAUUCCCUCUACAAGGAGAAGAAUCAAUAACCCUUUUCCAUGGAGAGGAUUUCCAAAUCGUGCUCCCACCAUACGAGGUGGAGCUCACAUUCAGGAACUAUUCAGACCCUCGGAACCCCUCAGACCCAGUUCUGAUGAGGGGGGGGAAAGUGAUUAGCAGUAGAGCCAAACACAGCCUGCAACUCAGCCACCUCAUCAUAGAGGCUGUGGGAGAGGGUGACGAGGGGCUAUACAUCCUGAAGGAUUCAAAGAAUCCCAAACACAAAAAGGAAAUAAAACUCAUAGUCCGAGACUGCACCAUCGAACAGAUCGUCAAAUAUGGUGAUAACUUUAAAAUUCCUAUUGCGGGGGUGAACACUCCAAUCAGUCUGGAGUACAGGCCCAGUGCAGUGGAGGCCAACCAGACAUCGAGACCAGCAGUUGUGGUGUUGACUGCCGCGGGGACCUCCAUAGACCCCUAUCGAGGUCGCAUCAGCGUCAGUGAGCGAUACAUCACCAUCAGUGCUGCUACAGUUGCCGACGAAGGCAGCUUCACCGUCAGGGACAGCAAAGGUUUUAUCCAAAAGAAAGUAUGCCUGAACGUCAAAGAACACAAUAAGUUUGAGACCCGUUCAACUGGUGAGAGACUGAAGAUCAACCUUAUUCUGAACAGCUCUUUGGUUCAGCUCUACUACAGCCAAGACCCAAAAGUUCCCGAAAACAUUCUGCUGAUGGAUAAGGGAGAAUUCAUAAUUGGUUCCGGUUUCGAGGACCGUCUCUCCUUGGAAGGUUCUGUGGUCUUUUUGGAUCAGAUCAAGGCCUCUGAUGCCGGGCUGUUUAGAGUCACAGACUUACAAGGAUUCAACAUCUCUACUGUCCAACUGGGAUUAAAACCCUACACACUGGACUCCCUUUAUGUUGCCAUCAUUGCCCUGCUGGGCCUGUUGGCUUUCCUUCUACUGGUUUGCCUUCUGUCCUGUCUAAUCAAAAUUAAGAAAAGGGCCAAGAGAGCCGCUGCGCUGGAGAAACUUGCUCAGAACGCUGGCAAAGAAGAUGAGGGCGAGGCCUUUAGACAGGUGGUCAAGAACAUCACUAAACUCAGUGAGGAGUCCAAACAUUCCCAAGCAGACAACACAGAGAAAUCUCAAAGCACUGAGGUUGACAUUAAGGGUCUGGAGGUUUCUUCUAAAGAGGUUGGCGUCGGUAAUCUAGAGACCAGUGAUUCUGGCGUUGGCUUCAACACUGCGCUGCCGCUGGAUACUGACACUGAUGUCCCCGAUCAAAUCCCUGAUUCUGAGGCUGUAAGCAUUUCUGCUGCUCCUGAAAUCAAACCAAGCCCUCCCUCUGCUGCUGAAACCAAGCCAGCUGCUCCACCAGUACCUGAAACUAAAGCAAGCCCUGUCCCCGAGCCCAAAACAGCCCCAACUCAGCCUGUAGAGGGAAAGCUGGACGCACCCAAACCACUGGAUACUAAGCUUAGCCCAACCCCGAGUCCUGAGCCUGGUUUAAGUCCAGCUGACAAAAUACCUGCACCCAGUCCAAGUCCAGAACCCAAGACUGGUCUGAGUCCAGCUGAUCCAAAACCUGCACCUAGUCCAAGUCUGGAACCCAAGACUGGUCUGAGUCCAUCUGAUCCAAAACCUGCUCCUAGUCGAAGUCCAGAACCCAAGACUGGUCUGAAAUCAGCUGAUCUAAAGCCUGCUCUUAGUCCAAGUCCAGAACCCAAGACUGGUCUGAGUCCAGCUGAUCCCAAACCUGCUCCUAGUCCAAGCCCAGAACUUAAGACUGGUCUGAGUCCAGCUGAUACAAAACCUGCUCCUAGUCCAAGCCCAGAACCCAAGACUGGUCUGAGUCCAGCUGACCCUAAGCCUUCAUCCAGUCCAAGUCCAGAGCCGAAGACUGCUGCUCCCAUCACCACAUCUCCAACACCUGAAGUUAAGAGUGCAUCUGCUAGUCCAGAGCCCCCAAAACCAACCCCAGCAGAACCUAUAACCAAUGGUACGCCUGGACCAGAUUCCAAGGCAAGUCCAGAUCAUGCAGAUAUCAUCAAAGACCCGACUCCGAAAGAGGUUUCCACUAAAACCCUUGAAGUGGAGAUGAAGUCCAGCAGUGUUGAACCAGAGGCCAGCAAAGAUGGCACCGCACAUUCGACUACAACCUGAGGAUCACAGCUGCGAAAACACAAGGAACCCCCACAGAUCCCUCUCUACCACCACUGCAGACAAUCAAACACCACUACCAAAAUGGUGAGGGAAAAACCUCAGCAAGCUGGGGAGAUGAUGAGGAAACAAAACCCCACAGUGAAGAUAAUGCUUCAUUUGUCUAUAUCCUUUCAGACUUUCUAACUAAGACACAGUUUAAAUAAAAAACAUGGCUUUUAAUCUUUAAGCAUUUUAGUUUUUCAGCCUCAUUGUCAAUUAAUUUUACUGGAAAAACUGCCAAACUGCAAAUUAAAUCAUUUGCAGAGUUUACAGCUAAUAUAUUAAAGUCACAUUAGGUGUUUUAUACAAUACAUAUUUUAAAAAAAAUGGUUUACGGCAUUUCAUCAUUGCAGUAUAGCACAGUUUCUUAUUAUCCUAGAAUUAACCAGUGGCCCCUGUUCCUCUAACAGCAUGUACAUAAAACUGACUAAACAAUGCAGGUUUUCUGCCCAACAGACCAAAUGUGGACCUUAUUUAUACCUGUUAACGAAGUUUCCAAGAUAACAAGACUUGCAUAGUUAACCAAAAUGUAAAAACUUAACACGGAUAGUACUACUUAUGAUCUUAACUCCUAGUGGAUUUUUCAGAUAAAUUAAAUGCUAAUCCUGCAGCCUCCAGUUAUGUGGAUUUUCAAUUACUGCGUAAAAAAUUACUGCUUACGAGAAAAGCUGUGCAAACUUCUUCACUUAACACAUUCAUCUUGUUUCUGCUAAACUAAAUACUGGAACAAAUCCCAAACAGGUGGAAGAUAAUUGCUUUAGGAACCAUUUAUUUAGGUUUUAUCCAAUUGGUGUGUGCUUUUACAGUUUUUUUUAUAUAUUUUUUUCCCUUAAAAAUAUACACUCCUAAUUUUGUCCAAAUACUUGAAAUCCUUAGGAGGAGGGAGUGGUGCAAAACCAAUGUCUUUUCUCAGUCACAUGGACUUCCUUAGAUGUUUUAUCUUUUACUAAAUAGCAUUACUGGAUAAACUGAGUUUCACUCUUUCCUUUUUUUUUUUUAACAUCAUUAGGAUUGAAUGGGCCCUGCAUAUAUAUAAAUCCAAAUGUGACCUUGAAUUGGCUCCUAAUAAAACGAGUUGGAAUGAUCUGAACUGAUUUAGGACAUAUGUAAAUUCAAUAUAAUAUUAUAUAACUUAAGACAUGUUUUUUUAAUUAGUGCAAUACAGCUGUUCUCAUAGAUCCUUGAUGAAUUUAAUAUUUUUUGCUAUUUUAAAAAGUAAUAUGAUUGACUACAUAUCAUUAAUGCUUUGUGGUGGACUGAAUUCAUUUUACAACCAACUGUAUUUGCUCUUUUAAAAUCUUAAUGGUAUUAAGAACUAGCCUCAAUGACCUGAAAUCAUAGGUUUAUACAACCUGGAGCUGCUUGGAGAAGUACAAUAAAAC